AUGACCGACUUGCUUCAUAUCAUACCCUCAUUCCCUGCCGGACCGUUUGCGAAAAUACUAAAUGCUGUUGAGCAGCACAACUUCUCGACAACUGACCUCCUCGCCCUCCACCCCGCCGAUAUCGCCAAACAGACACGUGUGCCGUUGCUCGACCUCAAACGAUUUAUAGCUGCGAUCCAAGUAUCACUAUCUGAUGAUGUCACCGUCGAUACAGACUUUUUAGGCGAUACCGCUGGCUCGGCAGAGCAAGAGCUACCGAAACCAAGCGUAAUAAGCACACUGGACGAUGAGUUGGACGCGGCUCUCGGUGGCGGGAUCCCCGUCGGGUGCAUUUCAGAAUUUGCCGGCGAAAGCGGUGCUGCAAAGACACAGUUCUUGCUCUCGCUCAGCUUAGCUGUACAGCUUCCCCAGCCUCGCGGGCUCGGAAAGAACGCCCUCUACAUCUCGACGGAAUCUAGCUUGGCCACGCGUCGGCUUGCGCAGAUGCUCGCCAACCACCCCUUGUUGAAGGACCUCGAGGGUGGCGCAAAGCCGUCACUCGACAAUAUACUUAGUACUAUCACACCGGACCUCGAAUCCCAAGACCAUAUUAUCGAAUACCAGGUUCCAGUCCUGGUUGAGCGACACAAUGUUGGCCUGAUCAUUCUGGACUCGGUGGCUGCCAACUACCGCGCCGAAUUCGAGCAUAAGGGCUCAAGAGGAUCAGUAAUGGCUGCAAGAAGCGCGCAGCUUGUCAAACUUGGCGCAGUACUCCGUGAUUUGGCGAGAAUCCAUGGCCUGGCUGUCGUUGUUGCGAACCAGGUGGCAGACAGGUUCGACUCGGGGCCGUCGACCAAUAUGCUGCGGCAUGCUCCGCCUAGAAUGAAUCCAAUGGUACCACCGGAGAGUCCAUUGGCUUCCAGGAGCAAUCCGAUGCCCCCGCCAUCAACAUUUUCAAGCACACCGAGCUCAUCUAUGCCGUUUCCCCCAUCAGAAGAGGAGGUUGUUCCUCCAACGCUGCAUCUGGACCACCAACAACGAUGGUUCACAGGCUGGGGUGACGAACCUUACUCCUCGCACUCGCUAAAGACGCCUAGCUUGGGAUUGGUAUGGUCUACGCAGAUAUCGUGCCGUGUAGCGUUGUUCAAGCGGCCUGUAUAUGGUCGACCCAGACGCGUCGCUGCCCCGUUGCAAGCGGGCGACGAUGACGAUGCUGAUCUUGCGCCAACACUGAAAUCAUGGCGGAGGUGGAUGAAGGUCAUCUUUGCACCGCACGCUGGCGCUUCUGGCCAGGGAAUUUCAGACGCUACCGAAUUCGAAGUCACAGCUGCCGGACUAAAGGCGGUCCACCGGCCAGUGAAGGCAGAACAGGCGGCAUGA